AAGAAAAAGCAACAUCGUUUUCAAGGAAACAGUAGAGAGAGUUGAGUGUGCCAUGCCAACGUCACAUAAAUGCAGAUGCAGAUGCUCUCAAAUCACUCCUCCCCCAUGCCCACCUUUCCCUCCUCUAGGGUUUCUCUUUUUUUCUUCUGAUUUUCUCUUUUCUUUUCAUUUCAUUUCACAAAUUGCGUAAAUUCUAAACACAUUACCUCCUUAAAUUCAAUCCUGGGUUAUGCUGAAUUUGGGUCAGUUUGGGAUUGAAGAACAGAAAAUGGAUGGCUGACAUUUUCCCUUCUUUUUUUUUUUGAACAAAAAAAAAAAGAGUGCAUUUUGAUGAGUGAUAUGAAGGUGAGAAGUGGGUUUUGCGCGUGGCCAGAUGGGAGACAACUUUGCUUUAGAAAAGGUCUUCUAUACGGAUUUAUGCGAUUAUUUUCUAUACCAUUAAAAACAUUGCGUGGAGCUAGUCGGUCACUGAGGGUAGAUCAGUUUUGCAGUGUAGUGAAUAUUUCUUCCUCAUUACAGAUUGAAUUGGUACCAUGCCUCAGGGACAAUUAUGCUUAUCUUUUACAUGAUCUGGAUACUGGUACAGUUGGUGUUGUUGAUCCCUCUGAAGCUGCGCCUAUCAUAGAUGCUUUAAGCAAGAAAAAUCGAAAUUUGACAUACAUACUAAACACUCACCACCAUCAUGAUCACACUGGUGGAAAUGCAGAGUUAAAAGAAAGGUAUGGGGCAAAGGUAAUUGGUUCUGGGAUAGACAAAGAAAGAAUUCCUGGUAUUGAAAUCUAUUUGAGUGAUGGAGAUAAGUGGAUGUUUGCUGGCCAUGAGGUGCAUGUAAUGGCCACACCUGGUCACACCCAAGGCCACAUAAGCUUCUACUUUCCUGGAUCUGGGGCAAUAUUUACAGGAGACACCUUGUUCAGCUUAUCAUGUGGCAAGCUCUUUGAAGGAACCUCUGAACAGAUGCUAUCCUCUCUUAAAAAGAUCAUGUCUUUGCCAGACGAUACAAGUAUAUACUGUGGUCAUGAAUAUACAUUGAGUAAUUUAAAGUUUGCAUUGUCUAUAGAACCUGAAAACAAGGAACUUCAAUCCUAUGCUGCCCAUGUAACUCACCUUAGAAAUAAGGGCUUGCCCACGAUUCCGACUACGGUGAAGAUGGAAAAGGCUUGCAAUCCAUUCCUUCGCACUUGGAGUAUAGAAAUCCGGCAAAAAAUAAAUAUUUCAGUCACAGCAGAUGAUGCAGAAGUCUUGGGUAUUAUUAGGCAAGCAAGGGAUAAUUUUUAGAAUUUUUUAAUUAAAAUUUUAAAAUUCUUCUAAGGAUACUCAUUCUGUAUAGAUUAGGUUAAU